CAACCACCUUUGACCUUUUCCACGAAAAAUUGGAAGAUGGGAACAUAUACCAGAAGGUUAGGUGAUCGGGCUGUACCUUUACUCCGACCUCAACCCUCCUUCCUUUCUGCUCACCACCGACGUCGUUCGUUCCCGCCGACCUAACUCCGUGGCGGAAUCUCCUUCGCGCCGCCUACUCUCCUCCGUCCUUCCACUCUCGCUUGAUUCCUUCUAAAGAUCAUGGAAGCGGCGUCGAUCCGUACCGGGCUUCCCCAAACGAGAAUCUCCGUCGCGUCUCGUAAAAUCUCGAGAUUGAGUGGUAAGGUUGGAUCAGUUACAUCGGUGUCUUUCCUGGAGAAUCAAUCUGCCCAGACUUCUCUGGUGUUAAGAGCAAGUCCUGUUGAGAAAGCAGCUCCCAUUCACUCUGGAGCUCGAGGUGGGAGGAGAAAUGUUGUUGCCCAAUCGUUCACUGCUCCUUCUCCAGGUGUCUGCCCGUUCGAUCAGACUUCUUCCACGCAGAGUCAAUCACAAACUGCUGAAGAGAAAAUCGGUGUGCUGCUUCUGAACCUUGGAGGCCCGGAAACGCUUCAUGAUGUUCAGCCGUUCCUGUUCAAUUUGUUUGCCGAUCCAGAUAUCAUCCGUUUGCCUAGGCCAUUCCAAUUUCUUCAGAAGCCAUUGGCACAGUUAAUUUCUGUUCUCCGAGCUCCUAAAAGCAAAGAAGGGUAUGCUGCUAUUGGUGGUGGCUCGCCUUUGCGUAAGAUAACUGAUGAGCAGGCACUUGCUAUCAAGGAUGCCUUGCAAGAAAAGGAUGUGACUGUAAAUGUCUAUGUUGGAAUGCGGUACUGGUACCCUUUUACAGAGGAGGCAAUUCAGCAGAUUAAGAAGGAUAGGAUCACAAGGCUUGUUGUGCUGCCACUUUAUCCACAAUUCUCCAUAUCUACAACUGGUUCGAGCCUCCGUGUUCUUCAGAAUAUAUUCAGGGAGGAUGCAUAUCUUUCGAGAUUGCCUGUCUCCGUUAUAGAGUCAUGGUACCAACGACAAGGUUAUGUAAAAUCUAUGGCUGACUUGAUAGAGAGAGAGUUGCAGAAAUUUUCCAAGCCUGAUGAGGUAAUGAUAUUCUUCAGUGCCCAUGGGGUACCAAUGAGUUAUGUGGAAGAAGCAGGAGAUCCAUACAAAGAUCAGAUGGAGGACUGCAUUUUCUUAAUUAUGCAAGAGUUGAAGGCCAGGGCAGUUUACAAUGAUCAUACCCUUGCUUACCAGAGCCGCGUUGGACCAGUGCAGUGGCUGAAGCCUUAUACCGAUGAGGUCCUUGUGGAGCUUGGCAAGAAAGGGGUGAAAAGCCUCUUAGCUGUCCCUGUUAGCUUUGUGAGCGAGCAUAUUGAGACUCUUGAAGAGAUCGACAUGGAAUACAGAGAGCUGGCCCUUGAAUCUGGCAUAGAGAGCUGGGGCCGUGUACCUGCUUUAGGGUGCACCUCGUCUUUCAUCACAGAUCUGGCUGACGCAGUUGUCGAAGCCUUACCAUCAGCCAAAGCCAUUGCAACCUCAAGUGGCAGUGCUGAAGAGACCGACGACUACGACCCCUUCAGAUAUGCCAUCAAGCUCCUGUUUGGUUCAGUUUUGGCCUUCGUAUUGCUUUUCUCUCCGAAGAUGUUCCUCGCAUUCAGGAACCAGCUCUUGUAGGAACAAGCAAAUCAUAUAAUGUGUAACAACAUAGCUGGUUUCAGAUCGAGUAUGAAGCUUCGGCAUAGUAGUGAUGCCUUCGGUUAUAGCAUUUUGCGUAAAAUAAAUGUUAAGACAGAUCUCGAGUAUAGUUGAAGAGGAAGGAUCGUAGUAUUUUACACACUGGGAACAUUUACGUGUUAAGGUUUGAUUCAUGGUACUAUACUGCUUAGUUCAAGACUUUCAAUAUGACGAAGCAUUUCAUAGUUACUCUAGGAAUCAUUGAGCUUAUGGUGCCAGAAAAUGUCGGCUGCUAGUGUUCCUUUUCCCAGCAGCAUGUGUUCCCUGAAAACAAAGCUUUCAAUUUCAACCAUUUCCAUUAGUACAAUGAAUCGUCUCACAAAUAAAGCAAAAGGGCAUUCUACCAGCAGGACCACCCACAAUACUGCACUUAGUGCCAACAGUCCUGGUAAAAUAGGGUACCCAUCCUUCACUAUCAUCACAGCAAAAUGACAACAGUACAUAUCAACUUGUGUGAGAAGUAAAAACCAUUAUCGUGCAACCAGAAACCAGUGGCUGGUAACAUUUUUGCUCUGUGCUCAAUCAACUUCUUCGCUUGCCGACUUUUCCGCUGACAACCCUCUUACACGAUCGUGUCAAGAGGAAAGAGUACGCAACCAACCGACCUGCGAACCAGAUGCUCAGGAACCGAUUGAUGAAACUGAAACAUGAUGCACUCUCGUGUUCGUGGUCCUUUACAUGGUACCAAAACAAUGAAGGGGACAUCAGCUGGUAAAGCUAACAAGAAAAACCACCAUUCGUUCAUCAUAAUGAGACAGAGAGCCCUCAGAAUCAGAGCUUCAGAAAAGCUGAAUGUACCAGACGUCCAGAUUCCCAGACCUCCAUCACUUUCACUUCAGUACAUCUCUUUUGGCCAUCACGGCCAGAAAUUUCCAACCUACUCAGUGACCUAACAUCGGGGAUUGGAUGAUGAUAAGAAACUAGCAUUAGCAUUGAAUGUGAAAGCAAAAGCUCGAACACACCCAGUUCCAAGGAGGCUAGGACAACAUGCACUUCACAAAACUCUCCCUCGAGUAAGGGAAACUGCAACUAUUCUGUCUUCUUUUCUUCUCUCAGUUUCAGUUGAGAAAAAUGUGUUCGAUAACAUGUCCAUCUAAUGAUUUACAACAAAAAAAAACAAUUUCAAGAAUGAAAUUAUCAAACCUGGACUAUUGUUUUACUUUUCUAGAAGCUGCAAACUUCUACACAGGUCUCAUAACUGAAGAGUUCUGAAUUUGCCACUCUGCUAACUUCCGAACAUCCUACUUUUUAGUAUCUUCUCUGCCUCACUGACACUAAUACGCCUGACUCCGUUCUCUUUCAUCCAAUUCUCGCCUCCGAUUACUCCCAAUUCAUGCUGCUUCUUCACCAUCUUCAACAACUUCAAGCCCUCACUUGAUUUGGGAAAAAAGCCUUCUGGUCUAAGACACCAAGCCCUAAAUGCCCCAAACAAGACCUCUAAGUCGUUGCUAAGACUUUCAACACCACUGUCAUAGAACUUUACACUGCUCAUAAAAAUGCCAUUAAAGAGUGCACGAUCAAUUCCAGAAGCCAAACUUCUCCAUACACUGACAAAAUCUAUACUAUUUAGAUUUUCCUCUAUGACUGCCAUCUUUGCCUGUAAAUAAUCUAGAGCACCAACUAAAUGUUUGGACACCGUCCAGCCAUCUUCCCUCUUCUCCUGCCACUGCUUCUUGUUUUUCAGGUAUUCUCGACUGUCGGCCUCAAAUCCCCUCAAAACAACUGUUGAUAUCUUCUCAACCCACUCUUUCCUGAAUCUCUCCAACUCUUUUAUCUCCACUUCGAAAAUCCCACCCGUGGACAUGAACAUAUCGAAUGGACCCUUCGCCCCAGUGUCAUCAUUAAAAAAUGGAUCAUCUUGAUCAAAUUCCAUUUCGAGAAACAAAACAUCCUCACACCAUUCUUUAAGAACCGACUCAAAAUAGUGAGCAGCAUUGGCCGAGUUUGCAACCUUAAUUAACCCCUCAUCAUCAGUUAAUGCAGUCAAUCCUUCAGCUUCCUGACACCUACGUAACAGGCUGUCCAAAAAUCUGUGUAUUAUAGGUGCACCAACUAAUCGAGCGAACCUGCACCUCAAAGAUGUAGUAGGCAGUGAUCGACAUCGAUCAAUCACUAAAGACAGGUGCUGAAGGAAGGCACUAGAAACUAUAGGCGACUUGUAAUUCUCGGGACCGGAUAAAAGAGCUGCGCCCUGAACUUUCACUUUCCAUUUCCGCUCAUCAUCAGACUCAGCUUUUAAUUUCGCAAGUGUGUCACUGAGCUCUAUUUCUGCCCACAAAUCAAGCCAAUCAGGUCGAUCACAGAAAACAGAUAGAGAUGAAAAUUUCUGGAGGUUCCUGUCUUCCUGAAUGGAAAUCAAGACACCAGAAUGUGUUGCCAGAGACAGAACCCGUUGAUCAAAAGAGAUCAUCAGGUCGACCAGAUGCAGCAACGAUAUUCUAGCCUGAGACUGAACGCCGCUAACAUGUUCUUCUUCCAUUUGGCCAAUAUACACAGGAAAUACCUCUUUUGCCAAGUAUGUAGACAAAGAAGUUACCAUGGCCGAAAUCCAUUCUUCUCUACAACUAUAUCCCACUAGCCUAGCUUUAUCAACAAGGGGCUGUAGCAAUUCAUCCAUAGUGUCAACAUAGUCCCUGGUAAUCUUGUAGACAAGAGCAAAAAUGAACUCCGGCUUAUCUGACCAUUUUGAGAAAUGUCGUUGGCAUGCAAUUGAUAUAGGGUUCACGAGUUCUUCAAUUGCCCAAAGUGGUUGGUGUAAAGCGAUUUCCCUGUUGUGGCCCUCAAGCUGCCGAGCCUUUCUUCGCAUCUGCAACUCUUGCAAGCGACACAACGCACGGAAGGUUUCACAAUAUUUAUGCUUGAGGUCCCCAUGCAUUGUGAAUAGAGGAUUAGAGGUUUCAGAAGAUUCCCCAGUAUCACGAAUAGGCGAGCUUAAGGAGCUAAGUGGAGAUGGCCACCCAAGGGAAGUAAGGAGGAUUCGGUGAUCAGCAAUUUGCUGGGGUCUUAAUGUGGCCAGUGCCCGAUCUACUCUGUCAUCAACUACUGAUACAAGUCGCGUCCAUUGAGACUGUUUCUUUGUAAUAGAAGUUAACACAUCUUCCGUUUUCUCAAGUGCUUCAAUAGCAUGAAAACACAUAUCCUCUGAACUUUCUGGAGUCGGACGCUUAUGUAGGUUUCUGUUCAUUACAAAAGCUACAGCAUCUUCAAUAUCACCCACCAAAGUGACAAGCUUCAAUGCAGUAUCAGCAUAAUCUCGAACUAUCUUCACCCUGGCAACCUCCUUUGCCAGCUCCGGCAGCUCCUCUGCCAAUGCCUGCUCUUUCCCUCCUCCAUCUACAGAAGAACCGGCCGUCAACGAAUCGAGAUCGGAGAGCUCGGAGGUGGUACCAGUGAUCAGGCCGUGAAUCCGAUCGGAGAAGGAGGCGUAACCGAGAAGACUGGAUUCGAGCCUAGAAUUGAGGUCAGCCAGAGAAUUCUCCAAAUCGAGACAUUGGGAUUGCAGCUCCGAGACUAUACUCGGUGCAUGCUCGAGAUCUUGCAGGUCGUUGAGCCGGUCGUUGAGAAACGCUACGGCCGGCGAGGACAGAGUCGUGGACGAAGGGAGGGUUAGGGUUGCGUCCAUCGUCGAAUCACGCGAUAAAACACCAAUUGGGGAGCAAAUUUUGGCAGGGGAUUGAAGGAAGCUGUGGGAAAGCUCCGACGGGGAGGAGCCCAAGGAGGACGACGGAACGAUGGUCCUCUCUUUGGCUUCAACGGGGAGGAAGGAAGACGAUACUGAGUU